AUGGCUAUCCUGCCUGGCAAAGGCUCAUCCCAGCCUGUGCUGUCAGCCUGUGUCAAGCUUCCCAACCCGCUACUGCCCCUGCUGCUUCUGUGUCUCUCCUCACUGCUGAAUGUCUGUGAUGCCUUAGCCCCUCCCAGAUUCACAAAGAUCCCCGCUGAUCAGAUUGGAGUGUCGGGUGGAGUGGUUUCCUUUGUGUGUCAGGCCUCUGGCGAUCCAAAGCCACAGGUCUACUGGAACAAAAAAGGCAAAAAGGUCAACUCUCAGAGGAUAGAGACCAUUGAGUUUGAUGAAGGUGCUGGGGCAGUGCUCCGAAUCCAGCCGUUACGCACACCCCGUGAUGAGAAUCUCUAUGAGUGUGUCGCCCGAAACAGCGAGGGUGAGAUCGCUGUCACUGCCAAACUGUCCAUCAUCAGAGAGGAUUUGCUUCCACCGGGUUUCCCCAGUAUAGACAUGGGACCACAGCUGAAGGUAGUGGAACGAACACGCACAGCGACGAUGCUGUGUGCGGCCAGUGGCAUUCCAGACCCAGAGAUCUCCUGGUUCAAAGACUUCUUACCAGUAGAGCCAAGCCUUAGCCAAGGACGAAUCAAACAGCUGCGAUCAGGGAGGAAUCCAGAGAAAGGUGCCUUGCAGAUAGAUCGCAGUGAGGAGACCGACCAGGGGAAGUAUGAGUGUGUGGCGUCAAACUCUCAGGGAGUGCGAUACUCCUCCCCUGCCAACCUUUACGUGCGAGAGCUGCGAGAAGUUCGACGCGUCCCCCCUCGCUUCACGAUUCUACCCACCAGUCACGAGAUAAUGCCCGGGGGUAGUGUAAACAUCACCUGUGUGGCAGUUGGCUCGCCCAUGCCCUAUGUGAAGUGGAUGCUCAACUCGGAAGACCUGACUCCUGAGGACGAAAUGCCCGUGGGCCGGAAUGUUCUGGAACUGAACAGCGUCCGUGAGUCGGCCAACUACACCUGCGUUGCCAUGAGCAGCCUGGGCAUGAUUGAGGCUGUCGCCCAGGUCAUUGUAAAAUCUUUACCCAGGGCUCCAGGAACCCCUAUCGUCACGGAGACAACAGCUACUAGUAUCACCAUCACAUGGGACUCAGGCAACCCUGACCCUGUCUCAUAUUACAUUAUCCAGUACCGUGCCAAGUCACCAGAUAGUAAGUUUGAAACUGUGGAUGGCAUUACCACGACACGAUACAGUAUCGGUGGCCUGUAUCCAAACACUGAGUACGAGAUCCGUGUGUCUGCCUUCAACACCAUUGGUCAGGGACCUCCCAGUAACAAAGUGGAAGCUAAGACUGGAGAGCAAGCCCCUGGCAGUCCCCCACGCAACAUCCAAGCUAGAAUCAUUUCUCAAAACACGAUGAUGGUGCGCUGGGAAGAGCCAGAAGAGCCGAAUGGCGAAAUAAAGGGGUACCGCGUCUACUACACCAUGGACCCAUCCCAGCCAAUGAGCCUCUGGCAAAUACACAACGUACAGGACAGUGUCAUCGCCAUCAUCCAGAGGCUGGUUCCGUCCAAAACCUACACUGUCCGUGUGCUAGCCUUCACCUCUGUGGGAGAUGGACCUUUCUCUGACCCGGUCCAUGUAAAGGUUCUGCCUGGAGUCCCUGGGCAGCCUGGAAAGUUCCAAGUCGGCAAAGUGACGGAUACAAGCAUAGAGCUGACCUGGGAACCUGCCCAUUCUAAUGAGGUCAUUCAGAGCUAUGAGCUCAUCUACAAAGCUGUCAAGUUGGGCAAUGAGGAAAAGAAAACCUUCAGUCCCAGGUCGUCUUACGUUGUGGAGGGACUUCGAGCGAACACGGAAUAUUCCUUCUCCCUGGCCGCCGUCUCAAAGAAAGGCAUUGGAGCUUUCACCAACGAAAUCACUCAACGCACCGCUCAAGCCAAGCCGUCAGCCGCUCCGCGUGAGGUGCAGUGCAGUAGUCCCAGUUCCACAUCAUUGCUGGUAAGUUGGAGACCUCCACCAGAAGAGAGCCAGAACGGAGAUGUGACUGGAUAUGAGUUACAUUACCAGGCCGUUGGUGACAAUGGACUCAUAGAGGGACCAUUAGAGAUGCGCCGUGUAGAGCAUGAUUUGGGACAGGCCUUACUGCAGGAACUGGGGAAAUGGAGCCGCUAUCAAGUCUCUGUGGCUGCGUUUACCUCAAACGGGGUCGGCCCGGAGAGUCCGGGUCUGGAGUGCCGGACAGAUGAGGACGUGCCAGGAGCGCCUCCUGACCAAGUGAAGGUCCAAGCUCUCAACUCCACAGCCAUCAGAGUUACUUGGCACUCAGUGUUGCCAGGGCAACAGCAUGGUCAGAUCCGUGGUUACCAGAUUCACUAUGCCCGGGUGGAGAAUGGAGAAUUGCACGGGCUGCCCCGAAUCAAAGACAUCAUGCUGGAUGACUCCCAGUGGGAAACGGAUGAUGCUGCGGAAUAUGAGAUGAUUAUUGGCGACCUCCAACCGGAGAGCACCUACUCUAUCACUGUAGCAGCCUACACCAUUAAAGGGGAUGGAGUUCGCAGUAGGUCAAAAGUGGUGCAGACUACUGGGGCAUUCCCUGGUCCUCCCUCCCUGUCUGUUCGGCUGGUGGAGGAGACAUCUGCUUUAGUGAGCUGGGAUCUCAGGCAGCCCUCUGGCUCUGUGGAGGAGAUACUUGGGUUCCAGCUGCAAUACGGACUUAAAAACGACACCCCAUUACUGUCUCUGGAGCUGGAGCCUAAAGAGAUACAGUAUCUCGUAGAUAAUCUGCUCCCAGGGGCCACCUAUGUGUUUACCCUAUCAGCAAAAGGCUUUUCUGGCUACGGGGAAGAGUCCCAACAGGAGCUAAGCAUCCCUGAGCUCCCUCCUAAAAUCUCCCCAGUUCUUUCUCGGAGUUUCAAUGCCACCUGCUGCUCUUUGCAGUUCUCGUGGCAAUUUCCCGAGCCCUCCAAUCACAACUCUGUCAUCACAGAGUACACGCUCGCAUACAGCGAGACAGGUAGCGCCCUCCCCCCGCGCCAGCUCACCCUGCCCGCCACAGAGUCUGGCUACACCAUCCACGGACUCAACCCAAACCAGGAGUACGAUGUGAAGAUCUGUGCGCACACCAGCGCUGGGCCCGGCCCAUACAGUCCACAGGUCCAAUAUCGCACCCUGGCAUUCGACACAGAUGUGCCAAGGAAUUUUUCAGUGAAUCUCGCGACCAAAACGAGUGUCCUACUGACAUGGGAGUUUCCAGAGAGCAGCUCCCCCUAUCGUUUCAUUGUGGAGUAUAAUCGUCAGAAGAUGGAGGUGGAUGCCAGGCUGAGAAAGGCAGUCAUUCCUAACCUGCAGCCGGACACCAGCUACGACUUUAAGAUCACCAGUCCGGAAGGUAACAUGGGCGGACUACGCCACCGCAUCCAUGCUAAGACUUCGCCCCCAAUCUCCAUCCGCCGUCCCGAGGUGGACCACAGUCGAGAGACCGAGGCCACUGUUACCAUCAUCCUGCCCCCACUGGACACACACACCAUCAAAAACAUCUAUGUGGUGGUGGUUCCUUUGAAAAGAGCCAGGGGAGUGAUACCACAUCUCAAGAGCCCUGAUGAAAUGGACCUGGAGGAGCUGUUAAAGGACAUCAGUCAGAAGCAACGUGACCCAAGGCAGCGACAGGUCGACCUGCGGAGGGCAUAUAUCACUGCCCGCUUCACAGUCGCAACCCUGCCGGCCUUCUUCACACUCGGGGACCAGUUGGACUACGGGGGCUUUGAGAACCGUGCCCUGGAAGCCGGCCAGGAAUAUGUCUUCUUCAUCCUGGCUGAGCUCAACUCCACCACUGGGAAGAUGUUUGUGGCCAGCCCCUACACGGAACCAGUCAUCGCCCCAGACUCGGACCCACAACCUCUGGACGCAGGAGACGGCCUCAUAUGGGUUGUCGGUCCCGUUCUGGCUGUCGUCUUCAUCAUCUGCAUUGUCAUCGCCAUUCUUCUGUACAAGAACAAACCUGACAGCAAAAGGAAGGAUUCAGAGCCAGGCACUAAGUGCUUGCUGAACAAUGCAGAGAUGAUAGCUCACCAUCCCACGGACCCUGUUGAGAUGAGACGCAUCAACUUCCAGACUCCAGGCACGUAUGCUGCUCACUCACUGACCCCGCACAUGUCCAGUAUGAUGAGUCACCCCCCCAUCCCAAUCUCAGAUCUGGCUGAGCACACAGAGCUUCUGAAGGCCAAUGACAACCUGAGGCUCUCCCAGGAGUAUGAGUCAAUUGAUCCUGGGCAGCAGUUCACUUGGGAACAUUCAAACCUGGAAGUCAAUAAGCCAAAGAAUCGCUAUGCUAAUGUCAUCGCGUAUGACCACACUAGAGUCAUCCUCUCACCUUUAGAAGGCAUCCUGGGUAGUGACUAUAUCAACGCCAACUACAUCGAUGGCUACAGGAAGCAGAACGCCUACAUAGCCACACAGGGCCCACUGCCAGAGACAUUUGCAGACUUCUGGAGGAUGGUGUGGGAGCAGAGGACUGCCUCUGUGGUUAUGAUGACCAAACUGGAGGAGAAGUCAAGGAUAAAGUGUGACCAGUACUGGCCCAGCCGCGGCACUGACACCUACGGCAUGACCCAGGUUACUCUCCUGGACACUAUGGAACUGGCCACAUUCUGUGUGCGCACUUUCUCUUUACACAAGAAUGGCUCAAACGAGAGGAGAGAGGUGAGGCAGUUCCAGUUCACCGCCUGGCCAGACCACGGAGUACCCGAAUACCCCACUCCCUUCUUGGCGUUCCUCAGGAGGGUCAAAGCCUGCAACCCGCCGGAUGCCGGCCCAGUCAUCGUCCACUGCAGUGCUGGUGUUGGUCGGACCGGCUGCUUCAUUGUAAUUGACGCCAUGCUGGAACGGAUCCGACAUGAGAGGACUGUUGACGUGUACGGUCACGUGACGUUGAUGCGUUCCCAGCGGAAUUACAUGGUGCAGACAGAGGACCAGUACAGUUUCAUCCACGAGGCUCUGUUGGAAGCUGUCGCCUGCGGAAACACAGAGGUCGCUGCCCGCAGCCUCUACUCCUACAUCCAAAAACUGUCCCAUGUGGAGAAUGGAGAACACGUCACCGGCAUGGAGCUGGAGUUUAAGCGUCUGGCCAAUACAAAAGCCCACACAUCCAGGUUUGUCAGUGCCAAUCUCCCCUGCAACAAAUUCAAGAACAGACUGGUGAACAUCAUGCCCUACGAGACCACGCGUGUUUGCCUGCAGCCAAUCAGAGGACUCGAAGGCUCAGACUACAUCAAUGCUAGCUUCAUUGAUGGCUACAGGCAACAGAGGGCCUACAUUGCUACCCAGGGACCUUUAGCUGAGACCACUGAGGACUUCUGGAGGAUGCUGUGGGAGCACAACUCCACUAUCGUGGUCAUGCUGACUAAACUGCGGGAGAUGGGAAGGGAGAAGUGUCAUCAGUACUGGCCAGCGGAGCGCUCUGCCCGCUACCAGUACUUUGUGGUUGAUCCCAUGGCAGAGUACAACAUGCCCCAGUACAUACUGAGAGAGUUCAAGGUCACUGAUGCCAGGGAUGGGCAGUCCAGGACAGUCAGGCAGUUCCAGUUCACUGAUUGGCCUGAGCAGGGUGUGCCAAAAUCAGGAGAAGGUUUCAUCGACUUCAUCGGGCAGGUGCACAAAACCAAGGAGCAAUUUGGACAAGAUGGGCCUAUAUCUGUCCACUGCAGUGCGGGCGUGGGUCGGACCGGUGUCUUCAUCACACUCAGUAUUGUUUUGGAGAGGAUGCGCUAUGAGGGAGCAGUGGACAUCUUCCAGACAGUCAAAAUGCUGCGAACACAGCGACCUGCCAUGGUACAAACUGAGGAUGAAUACCGGUUUUGCUACCAGGCCGCCCUCGAAUAUCUUGGAAGUUUUGAUCACUAUGCAACAUAA